CUGUGCUCGCAAAACACAUGGAAUUCUAUUAUUUUGAUAAAAUAAUUGGUUUUCGUUAGUUCAUGAAGCAGUUCUUAUAUAUUAGUAAUCAUGUCGAAGAAAAUUCAACAUUUAGUUGUGGAUACCACAGCUUUUAUCAGAGCUGCUAACCUUCAGGAGAUGGCUGAAAAUAUGUACACGGUUCAAGAGGUAAUUGACGAAAUUACUAAUGACCGACAAAGAAGGAAGCUCGUCGUGCUGCCCUACGACUUAAAAGUUAAGGAAGUCUUCACAGAAAAUAUAAAGUUUAUCACAGAAUUUUCUAAAAAAACUGGCGACUAUACUAGUCUCUCUGCCACAGACAUUAAGGUUAUGGCUCUGGCUUACCAGAUUGAGAAGGAAAAGGUUGGUGUAGAACACCUGAAAACUGAGCCAACUAUGCAGAGAACGGUUAAAGUUACUGGUCUGCCUAACUUUAACUCCAAUGUUGAAAAUAAAACUAAUUCAAAUGAGAAAGAGUCAACUCCCUCAGAAGAAUCUAAGCCUGUCGAAGAACCGAAACCUACAGAAGUACCAAAAGCUAAUGAAGACACUCCAAAGCCAGUGGACUGGUCCAAAAUUAACAUACCUGGUGCGCAUGGUGCCAAGCAAGGCACAGACUGGUCUACUAUAAAGAUAGAAAGUUCAGAUGCAGUACAUUUCGAUGUACAGAAACUUCUACAUGAUAAUGCUAAAGACCAGAAACUAGCUGAAGAUAUUGCUGAGCAAAUAAAAAGCAUGGAUUUAAGAGAUGGCGAAGAUGUAGACAAUCUGAUUACUAAAGUAUCUUCUGAUGAGGAAUCAGAAAGCGAAGAAUAUUCCGAGUCUGAUGACAGUGAUGGUGGGGAAUGGAUAACACCAGGCAACUUGGCAGAAAAAAAGAAAGAGAUGGACAUGGGAGAAUUUGAAGACAAGGCAGUGGAAGUAGCUACAAUAACUUCAGAUUUUGCCAUGCAAAAUGUCCUUAAACAAAUUGGUUUGAAUGUAACAGCCAUUGAUGGUCGCAUAAUAAGGCAACUUCGUACAUUCAUAUUUCGCUGCACAACCUGUUUCAAAACUACCAGUGUGAUGACAAAGCUUUUUUGCCCAAAAUGUGGGCAUGCCACUUUGAAAAAGGUUGGAGUGAGUAUAGAUGAGGAAGGGAAUCAACAUAUUCACAUAAACGGGAGAAAACCGUUGACUGCCAGAGGAAAACGUUUCAGCUUGCCCACUCCAAGAGGCGGUCAACAUUUCCAGUAUCCAAUUUUAACGGAAGACCAACAUAUUCAUAAACGGUUUGCGACUAAAAUGGCACGCAAUAAAACUAAUGCUCUGGACCCCGACUACACAGCUGGAUUCUCACCAUUUGUUAUGAAGGAUGUCAACUCUAAAUCUGCUGUCCUUGGCGUCCGAGCGAAUAAACAAGAUGUCAAAUACUGGAUGAAGAAUUACUCUAAGGGAAAGAAAAAGUAAACUUAUUUAAAACAUAUAUUAAAUGUAUAAAUUGAUACUGUUA